AUGAACCCAGCCGCCCAGUAUCUCAUCACCCACAGCUUUUGGCGCCACAAUUACGAUGUCAGCACAACAAACAAAACACACCUCUUCCACAUCGCCAACUCCUCCCUUACACCAGGAAAGCCAGACCUCACUUUCCACAGUAGCCCCGACUCCAGUGGACCCGUCGUGGGAGUAUGGGACCCCGGACGGCCCAACAAAUUGGAUUGGGAAUAUCUCCACAAGCAAGGCUUUACGAAGCGCAUAUAUUGGUUCCGCAUGCAGUUAGACAAUGGCACCAAGCAAACCUUCACCUGGAAACGAACCCACUCACUUGGGAGUGGAUAUGAAAACCAUAAACUAGUUGAGGAGAGCAGCCAAACUGUGGUGGCAGUAUUUUCUUCUGGGGGCAACUUUUCUAAAACAACCGGCUCCUUGGAUAUCUACUCGAAGCUGGGGCCACGGUUCUACCUCAUGACACUUAUCUCGGGAAUUGCCUUGGUUGAAAAAUGCGACGAAUCCAGGCCAUCCUGCACCAACUGCGCCAACCGUCACUCCGAGUGUGAGUACGGGUCGUCAACAUCCCUACUGUGGGCAAAUGAAGGGUCCGAUAGCGGACAGGCAGGCGACUCAGCAUCGGGACUUCGUUCACCGUCAAGUUCAACCACAGGUGCGGGGGCAGCAGAGUCCCUCGGAAUCCUAACUCAACUCGGCAGCGAAAAUGCCAUAACCUCAGCCGGGUCCGCAUUGAACCUCAACGACCUGGAGCUGAUGAUGCAGUGGUGUAACGCGACAUUCCAGACACUGUCACGCAAUGAGCGCACCGAUCCAAUCUGGCGUACCAUCGUGCCCGAAGAGGCACUCUCGCACCCAUUUCUGAUGCACGGCAUUCUGGCGCUGUCAUCGCUGCAUCUCGCUCGAACAGGGCCUGAGCCGACUCAUCGCGCGUCGUAUCUCAAUCGUGCCGUCGCACACCAGAAUCAAGCGCUGGCGCUUUUCCGGGAGCUGUUGGGUGAUGUGAACGAGAGUAAUGCCAAGGCGAUGUUUGCUUUUGCAGGGAUUGUGGUUAUCUACACGUUUGCGUUCCCGCAUACGCCAGGCCCGCAGGAUCCAUGGGACUGCGUCGAUGACUUGUACCAGGUUCUUGUUUUGACCCGUGGCGUGCAGCAGGUUAUUCAUGCGCCGCGGGACUUUACAAGUUUUCUAGUGGACGGCUCUUUCGGUCCGAUUUUGCAGGUUGAGGAGGUUCGGGGCCCGAUGCCGAAGGAUACGACUGCUAUGCUCAAACAACUGCGUGAAGCCAACAAACUCUGUGGGGCGCGAGAUCCGAAUCAUGAACUCCAAAUUUACGAAGGGUCUAUUGCGAAUCUCGAGGAAAUGCUCAGUUGGUGCUACAGCGGAAUGAGGGCAAAUACGAUCGCCGGGAGGUGGGCGAUUCGCUUGCACCCCCGGUUUAUGGAGCUACUACGCGAACGAGACCCCUUGGCGCUAGUGAUGCUAGCGCACUAUGGCGUGCUUUUGCAUUAUUUGAAGCAUCGAUGGUGCUUUGACGAGUGGUGUGUGAGGGUCUCCAAGGCCGUAUGGGCAAUAUUGGACGACCAGUGGAGGCCGCUGAUCGAGUGGGCAAUGAAAGAAAUUCUCGGUGUUAACUUUUUGGAGCAGGUUGACACUUGA